UCAUCAUUAUUUUUAUUCUUAAAUAUAACUGUUAAUAUUUUUAAAACAUGAUUUUGUUGUCAAAAUGCAUGCUUUGUCCUAAAAGGCAAUGCAUUCUGGCACAGUUCUGGCUUCAGCUUUGCUUCUGCUUUAUUUGCAUGAGCAGUUCUCACGGUGAAGUGCGUUAUUCGGUUCCAGAAGAGAAGCAGCAAGGCUCAAUCAUCGGAAAUGUUGCGAGGGAUUUGGGAAUAGAUGUUGCAGAACUCGUGAGACGCAAAGCUCGAGUUGUGGCUGAAGGAAGCCGACAGUUUUGUGAGCUGAGACCGGAAACUGGCUCUCUGUUGGUGAACGAAAGGAUGGAUCGAGAGGAGCUUUGUGCACAGUCUGCAUCCUGCAUUCUGCAAUUCCAACUGCUCCUGGAAAAUCCUCUUAAAGUCUACAGUCUCCUGCUCGACAUCCAGGACAUUAAUGAUAACAGCCCUGCAUUUGAUAACGGUCAGAUAGAACUGGAGCUACUGGAGUCCAUGUUCCUGGGACGGCGCUUUCCUCUGGAGAGCGCUCACGAUCCAGACAUAGGAGCUAAUUCUGUUCAGCAUUACCAGCUAAGUGAUAACGAAUAUUUUGCUUUGGAGAUGAAUACACAGGUGGGCAGAAGCGCAUAUCCGGAAUUAGUCCUAAAAAAAACGCUGGAUCAUGAAAACAAAGCGGAUUACUUUCUAACCCUCAGUGGAGUAGAUGGUGGCAAGCCUUCUCGUUCUGGAACGGCGUCGAUUCAUAUUCACAUAUUGGAUGCGAAUGACAAUGUUCCUGUGUUUGGUCAAAGAGUGUACAAUGUCAAAACGCAGGAAAAUUCAGCUCGAGGGACUGUGUUGAUCAAAUUAAACGCUACAGAUUUAGACAGUGGGAUUUACGGGGAGGUCAGUUACUCGUUCAGUCACGUGCCUGAUAAGACGAAGGGGGUUGUGGAGAUUGACCCCUUGAUGGGCGAGGUGAGGGUCACGGGCGUGAUGGAUUACGAGGAGGCCAGUUCACAUGAGCUGGAUGUGCAAGCCAAAGAUGGCGGAGGACAGUCAUCUCACUGUAAACUUAUCAUAAACGUGAUAGAUGUGAACGACAACGCACCUGUAAUAGCUGUUAAAUCUACUUCUGCGACUGUGCCAGAGGACGCUUCUCCUGGAACCAUGGUGGCUUUGCUGCACGUUUACGACCUUGAUACUGGCACCAGUGGCCGGGUCACAUGUGAAAUAUCUGAUGAUGUGCCAUUUAAACUGGUAUCCGAAGUAAAAAAUUACUUUAUGCUUGUGAUUGAUGGAGUUUUAGACCGAGAAAAGUGCCCUCACCAUAAUAUAACCAUCACUGCUGUGGAUGCUGGAAAUCCUGCUUUAUUAAGCAGUAAAAUAGUCACCAUAAUGGUCACAGACAUUAACGACAAUCCUCCUGUUUUUACAAACAAUGACUACAGCAUCCAGGUUGCAGAGAAUCAGCCGCAGGGCACUCCGGUGAUGAGAAUCAGAGCGGACGAUGCAGAUGAAGGACAGAAUGCAAAAAUCCUCUAUUCUCUUUCAAAAGAUGCAACCUUUCACCUCUCUGUUAACGCAGAAACUGGUGAGAUCUUCACUGCACGCCCUUUUGAUUAUGAAGUAUCUACUCUCUUAAAUGUUCAUGUGAUGGCACGUGAUGGAGGCAUCCCUCCCUUCACAAGCACAUGCACCGUACAGAUCUUUAUUGGCGAUCAAAAUGACAAUUCUCCGGUUAUUCUUUACCCAGUUCAAUCGGAGGGAUACAUUGCGGAUGACAUCAUUCCUCAAGCUGCUCCUGCUGGUUACCUGGUCACUAAAGUUGUCGCUGUUGAUGCAGAUGCAGGGCACAAUGCGUGGCUAUCGUAUCAGAUUGUGAAAGCAACGCAUCCUAAUUUGUUUUCUGUAGGCCUACACUGUGGGGAAAUCAGGACGAUGAGGACAUUUUUUGAAGAUGAUGAGAUCAAGCAUACUUUGCUAGUCUCAGUUAGUGAUAACGGGCCUGAGUCUUUGUCUACCACUGCAACGGUAAAUAUCGCCAUAGAAAACGGCCUGCCCAUCAUCGACGAGCUCUCUGCACGUGGCAUGGAUGAUUCGCAUAUGCUCAGUGAUCUAAGGCUGUAUUUAAUUUUGGCUCUGGCAAGCGUCUCCAGUAUUUUCCUCGUGCUCAUUAUUGCUGUGGUCUAUAUGAGAUUAUGUAGAUACAGAUACACGUACCAUUCUACUGCAAACUUACCAGUUUUCCCUCCUACUUACGGACCACCUGGCUACUCUGAUGUCAGUCGCUUUAACACUUUGCAGAAUGAUGAUCGAUUUAACUCCUUUUUAACCACAAGCUCUUGGAAAGGGGACUUUAGAUUCAGUUCUGGCAUUGUUGAUUUUGACACACAGAGUAAGAAUGGCACAUGUGUGCAUGUGGGCGGCCGCAGCGGAGCACGUGCAAAGCUCUCAGUGCCACGCAAAUACUAACCCAGAUGGCUUGUCCUGCCAAUCAAACAAAAUCCUUCAGAGCAACAGAGGUCACAGCAAGGACUUUAAUCAAACAAAUGAGAAAUGUUCAUUAUUAUAAAGCAUUAAACGGAUAGUUCACCCAAAAUUGAAUAUCCUGUCAUGAUUUACUCACCCUUGUGUUUUCCCAAAUCUGUAUGACAUUAGCCAGAUUGACAGACUCAGUCAUUGGCACUUUUGUUGUAUGCAAAACAGAUGCAGUGUAAGUGAAUAGUGACUGAGGCUGUCAGUGUAAAGCCUAAAAUCUCUUUUUGUGUUGCAUGAGGGAGUAAAUUAUGACGUUUUCUUGAGUUAUCCAAUUUUAUCUAACAUUUUCACUGCUACGCCCUUUUGUUGUGAUAUUCUGGUGUAAUAAAUCCUUUUUUGGGGGGCUAAUUUGCAUGGAAAAUGAUCUGUCCUGUGCACACAUUGUUUCGUAAUUGCACUUUAACUGUUGUGCUCUAAAAAGUAUUUUAUUUUUAAUAUCUAUACAUGUUUAUUUGUGCACAUGCUUUAAACUUAGGAUUGUGUAACUAUAUUAUUUAACAAAUUGUUAUGCGUUUAAUUCAGGGUUGAGUUACACUGAGAGUGCUUUUAUCCGGUCUGCAAAGAGAUUUAGUUUGAUUGUCCUCUAUGUCUCUCUGAAAGAUUAUAUGGAUGAAGGAUGUUGAGUCUGUUUCACAUGAACUCUCUUCUUCUCUAUGGCAUAGAUUUAUCAUGCUUUCAUGUGCUUAACCGUGUCUCUGCACUCUAGCGCUUUAUUUUGGACUUUAUACUGAUUUCAGGGUAUUACACUGUCUGCAUUUGGUGGAUUGAUGCUGAUUUUCAAUCACAUAUUUUAUGUGUCUUGGCAUGCUCUCUACCAGUCUUACACUUUGCUGUUGGGUGACUUUAUGUCACUUCUGGCACAAAAAUUCAAGCAGCUCGGCUUGUGGCCAUCCAUCUUCUGCUUGAUCACAUUCUAGAGGUUUUCAAUGUGGUUCAGGUCUGGAGAUUGGGCUGGCCAUGACAGGGUCUUGAUCCGGUGAGGAACAUUGGCAGAGCAGAGGGAAACAUGUAUUCUUCCAGGAUAACCUUGUACGUAGCUUCACAUGUACACAAAGACGAAUCUGUCCUAUUCCAGCCUUGCUGAAGCACCCCCAGAUCAUCACCAAUCCUCCACCUGGUCAUCUAAUGGUUAGAUGGAGACCUGAAGAGGCCUUCAAGCCACAGUGUCUCACACCUACUCUGAAAUUUGGCAGAGGAUCGGUGAUGAUCUGGGGAUGUAUGGCCAUCGAGCAAAGCCAAGCUUCUUGAAUUUAUGUGCCAGGAGUGGCAUAAAGUCACCCAACAGCAAUGUGACAGACUGGUAGAGAGCAUGCAAAGACACAAGAAUCAGGGUUUUUCCACAAAAUAUUGUUAAAAAUAUGUUAAAAUAUGAGUAUUGUGUUUAAAAAUGUAUAUGAACUUGUUUUCUUCAUAUUAUUCGAGGUCUGAAAACACUGUGUCUUUUUUGUUAUUUUGACCAGUUGUUAUUUUCUGCAAAUAAAUUCUACAAAUAACCAUAAUUUUAUUUGUAAUUUGGGAGAAAUGUUGUCAGUAAUGUAUAGAAUAAAACAAAAAUGUUCAUUUUACUCAAACACAUACCUAUAAAGAGUAAAUCCAGAGAAACUGUUAAUUUUGCAGUGGUCUGUAUAUAUAAAUAUAUAUAUAUUCCUUUCAACCUUUACAAUACAUGA